AUGUCGGGCUUCAACUACGACCGCUACGACAGGCGCCAGUCGUCCCACAAGAGCCGCUCUGCCCUCGGCUUCUACGUACCGCUCAUUCUCACCGUCACCGUUGCGACUGCCGGCCUUGCUGCGUGGGUGUGGAGCGCCAGAGAAGACAGCCAGGACAACUACAGCUCCGAUGACGACUUGAGCUAUGGCGAGGACUCGGCCCAGGAGAAGAGACACGGCAAGGCGCCUGUGGGCGAGGUGCAGCGCAAUGUCACAGGGCUGUCGCAGGGCAUCGCCCACGACGACCGCGACGACGACAAUAGCUUCCUCGGCCGCGCACAGGGCGUGAUUCGCCGCACCCCGAGCCCCCAGCAGCUAUUCGACUCGGUGAGCAAGAAGACGGCGGCGGGACUGGCGGCGGCUGGUGCUGCAGCUGGUGCAGCUCUGGCCUCGAUCCGUGAGGAAGACAAGGACGAGGCCUUUGGCGACCACACCCGGUGGUCUGAGGAGGCUACCUUGCGCCGCAGCGUCGAGGCGCAGUCACGAGACAGUGCUGCAGCCGUAGACAGGCAGACCAAGAGCUUCGCAGCCAGCAUCAAGAAUGGACCCCAGUACACGGGCAAGCGGCGCACUGUCGUCCUCGUCGUGUCCGCAGAGAGCCUGAUGGACCGCGAAGACGACGACCACCACGGCGCCUACCGCUCCGAGAACGCUACCAUCCUCUCCCACCUCCCCGACACCGACUUCCAAAAGACCAAGCUCUUUGUCCUCGUCUACACUCCGUCGCUCCGCUCGCGCCCCCAAUCCCGCGCCAACAACAAUGCCUCCCCGCUCGGCUCCUCCUACAGCGCCAUCUCCACCCCCGCCCGUACCCCAGGCGAAGAACUCCAAUCCCUCGACCCUAGACCCGACGACGUUGUCUACACCCCCGCCCUCUCCGCCCGCAGCUCAGACACCUUGCUCUGGAACACGCUUCACACCCAGGCUCUGCGCCUCGUCGAGCACCCCUCCAUGGUCAUGCCGUUUGCCACGCCCACGGGCUUCGUCCACAUGCUGCGCCACAUUGCCCCGGACCUGGUCUAUGUCGUUGACGCGCUGAGCGGGGACCACGGCAAGAACAUUGAGGAUAUCAAACGGUGGGUUGGCCAGACGAUUGUCGUCGUCGGCGCCGAUGGCACGGGCUUGGGCGGCUUGGUGGACACUGAUGACGAGAGCAGUGUGGGCGGUGCGGGGGCUAAGGGCGAACACGCGCUUGCCCACGGCCAGAGGUGGUGGGAGAAUGCCGAUAUGGUGGGUCUGGGCAAGGGCGUCGAGAUUGUAGAUGCCGGCCGGUUGGCCGAUGAUUACGAGAGGAGAGUUGGGGGCAGGGAAUAA